GGAUGGAAGCAGCAGUGGGCAUCCGCCGCUGCACAGAGAAGUCGAAGAAGAAGAAGAGGAAAGUUGGGGAAAGAUGCACGAAGAGGAGGAUGGCAGCGGCGCGAUCCCGGGCGCGGCCCCGCGGAUCACCGCCGCCAGGUCCAUGGACGUGGCCGAGGUGGAGGGCGCCAGGGAGCAGGCCUCCCGGCUGUGCGGCUACCUGAACAAGCUGUCCGGCAAGGGGCCGCUGAGGGGCUACAAGCCGAGGUGGUUCGUGUACGACCCGAGGAAGUGCUACUUGUACUACUUCAAGACUCCGCAGGACGCGCUGCCGCUGGGACACAUCGAGGUGGGGGACGCGUGCUUCUGCUACGACGUGGAGGGGGACGAGGGACAGUUCGAGAUCCGCACCGCCGGGAAGGAGUUCCUCCUGAAGGCCCCCAGCAGGCAGGUGAUGAACUUCUGGCUCCAGCAGCUGCAGCAGAAGCGUUGGGAGUACAGCAGCACCCGGAGCUCCGGUCAGAGAGACAGCUGGAGCUCCCCGACCCUGGCCUACCCUCCCACCGGCCUGGUCGGCAAAGACAAUGAUGGUUACGUCUUUGAGAAGCUGAGCGACAGCAUGGAGAAGGUCCGCAGCGACUUUGCCAUGGAGACAGAGACAGAGGACGGGUCGAUGGUGGGGAUUCAGACGGCCAGAGGAGCCUCCGCUGUGUCCACCAACCCUCUCAACUUCUCGCUCAAAAACUUGGGUACAGAACUCAAGAACUCCAUGUCUUAUCUGCGGCAGGGCAGGGGAGCUGAGAACAGGCGCAGUGUGUUUUACACUGGUAACAACAGCACAGAGGAGUGGGAGAUGGUGGACGCCCCGCCCAAGGACCUCAUUGAACAGAAAUCUAACCCAGACACACUCAGACAUUCCUUGGGAUCCGCAUUUACAUUUGACUUUGUGCGAAAUUCAGCCCGGCCUAGGAAGCCACUGCUUCGGGACAUGAUGGGCUCUGGCAGGUUUGGGCGCAGUGCUGAGACGCGCAGUGCUGAGAGCUCGCCAGUGGAGUACAACGGCAGCAAACCUUUUGAGAUGCAGCUUCGCCUCCAGAGCCAACAGGAAGAACUGAGCCGCAUGGAGCAAGAACAGGCCAAACUCCGAGAUGAGCUCGCCAGUCAGAAGGAGCUGGUUCGACUUCUGCAGCAGACUCUCAGGACGUCUCAGAGCGAGCGGCUAACAGUGCGCUGUCCCGCCCCGGCUCCUGAUCCAUCCACAGCCUCUGACCAGGCCCCGGCCCAGGCCUCUGAAGUAACCCAGGAAGACAUGGCCCAGCUGGAGAACCUGCUUCAGGAAAGAGACGGGCAGAUCCAGGCCCUGUGUGGCCACAUGGAGCGUCUCGCCUUGGAGAAGGAGAGCCUGCAACAGGAGCUGAAAGGCUUGAAGAUUAAAGUAGGGGAGAUGAAUGAGCAGCUGGGUAUGAUGAUGGAGACCAUCCAGGCUAAGGAUGAGGUCAUCAUGAAGCUGUCGCAGCAGAGCCUUGAGGACAGUGGAAAUCCAAAUGAUGCAAGUUCACUGUCUCCAAUCAAAGAGCAGCAGGAGCUGGACAUCCUGAAGGACAGUCUUCAAGGCUACAAAUCCCAAAACAAGUUCCUGAACAAAGAGAUCCUGGAGCUGACAGUGUUACGCAGAAAUGCAGAGAGUAGAGAAAAAGCUUUAGAAGCAAAGUAUACAGCCCUGGAUGCCAAGUUGUGUCAGGUGGAGAGUAAAUAUCUGGUGCUGCUUCAAGAAGUGAAGAACCCGGUGUGUUCGUCUUCGGAGCAGAGCCCUGCCUGUGACGUAAUUUCCAGAUUGUUAGAGGAUGCUCUGCAGGUAGAGGGCUCCGAUCAGCAGGAGCACCCCAUCUUCAAACCAAGCACUGUCAGUGAGUACGACGUGUUUGGCUUCAAGACGGUGCUUGAGGAAGAGGAGGAGGAGGAGAAGCUGUUUGCGAAGGUGAGAGCCUUGGAGCUGAAGUCGCUGUCCAUGACGAACCACGAGGUGUCCGUGGGAGUAAAGUGGGAGAACUACCUGGCCAGCACCAUGAACAGAGACCUGGUGCGCUCCCCUGAGCUCAAAGCCCUGAUUCGCUGCGGUGUGCCGCACGAGCACCGGUCCCAGGUGUGGCGCUGGUGUGUCUCCUUCCACGUCAAGAAAUUCCGGGACCAUUUGGCGCCGGACUAUUAUGAGACGUUACUGAAUGUAGCCAGGGACAAGCCCAACCCGGCCUCGAAGCAGAUCGAGCUGGACCUGCUGCGUACUUUGCCCAACAACAAGCACUACUCCUCUCCGAGUGCGGGCGGCAUCCAGAAACUCCGGAACAUCUUGAUGGCGUUCUCCUGGAGGAACCCAGAUAUUGGCUACUGUCAGGGACUGAACAGGCUGGCUGCCAUUGCCUUGCUCUAUCUGGACCAAGAGGACGCCUUCUGGAGCCUCAUAGCUAUUGUGGAAGUGUUCAUGCCGAGAGACUAUUACACCAAGACUCUGCUUGGCUCACAGGUUGACCAGCGCGUGUUCAAGGACCUGAUGUUAGAGAAACUGCCGCGGCUUCACGCCCACUUUGAGCAGCACAAGGUCGACUUCUCCCUCAUCACCUUCAACUGGUUCCUGGUGGUGUUCGUGGACAGCCUGGUGAGCAGCGUCCUCUUCAAGAUCUGGGACGCCUUCCUGUACGAAGGUCCAAAGAUCAUAUUUCGCUCCGCCCUCGCUCUCUUCAAGUACAAGGAGGAAGAGUUUUUGAAGUUGCAGGAUUCCACAACCAUCUUCAAAUAUCUCCGAUACUUCACAGGAACAAUCGUGGAUUCAAGGAAGCUGAUGAGCAUCGCCUUUGGGGACAUGAACCCGUUCCCCAUGAGGCAAAUCCAGAACCGCCGCUCCUUCCACCUGGAGAAGGUCCGUCUGGAGCUGACGGAGCUGGAGGCCAUCAGACAGACCUUCCUCAGGGAGAGGGAGUCGAGUCAGGACGGACGGAGCUUCGUCAGCGACGAUGAGGAGGAUAAUUAACCUGAAGCUGAAGAUGAAGAGACCUCCUCCACACACCAGUGAUGUGUCGCUGUUGUAAAAGAGAUGUUCUGUCGUAAAGAUCUGUUGGAGUUGGUCUCCACAUUGAUGCUGGAACAAUCGACUUCAUACAAAGUCAAGGUGAAAUCAUGUCAAAGGACAAAAACGUCACAGGCAGUGUGGCUUACUAUCAGUAUUCCUGCCUUAUUUCCUAUAUACUUUAUUUGGUGGAUGCUUGUGUGUUUACCUGACGGCCAAAACUGUGUUUGUCUUAUUAUCUCUUUAUCCUCCAAUGCCAAGUUCAAACUUUCCCUUCAGUCCAAAUCAGUAUUUUCUAAAUCAUGGCUGUGAUCUUGUAAUAAGUUGGAGAUUUUUAUACCGAAGAAAUGAUUGUUUACUCUUCUUUUCCUUUCAUCGCAACUCAAAUUUCCUCUGAAAUGUCGUUUUUCCACUUGUUCUGAACAACCCAUAUUUUUGUCUGUUGAUGAACAUGAACUAUUGAUGCUGAAAACUUAAACUUAAAGUGUUAGAGCCUUCAAAUCACAAAGUUGGGUGUUUAUCAUUCAAUGUUGUGUGUGUGUGUGGUCCAGAAGCUCUUUUGAUCAAACCUGGGAUCAAAAACAAAAUCUUACUCCUGUUUUUUGGAAAUCAGGUGGAAUGUUUUAUAUCUAGAUUAAAAAAACAAGAGAUAAUAAUGAUAAGUCCAUUUAAUAUCAUCUGUCUGUAUUCGGCAGAAUUAUUUAAUUUUCAAUGCUUUCAAAUUACUUUAUUCUAAAUACAACUCAAUAUUUACAUAUUCCAAAGAAAAGUCUUAAAGGUCAAAGUGAUGUGCAUCUACAUUUGCACUUAAACUUGGGUGAAGCUGUGUUACAGCCUCUGGACCUUGUCCGGAGAACAUUUAAUAAUAUCACCCAUAUUCGUGGAUUUCUGUUAACCUGAGUAUUUUAUUAUAACUUCUUUAAAACGUGUAAUUUACCUCUGACACAGAGUUCUACUCUUAAUGUUUUAUUUAGGUUUCAGUAAUUUGUCUUUUCCCCAAAGAUAAGAGUGUUUUUCAUACUUUUGACAUCAUUUUAUUUCAUAUGCUGGGAUUCCUGAGCCUAAUCUCAAAUUGCUGAUGUAUUUGCAUUCUUUGUCCACAGUGUGGCAGUACAACAUAGGUCUCUGUCCAGUGUUUACACUCGUCCACAGGUACCGAUCACUGUGCUGGACCUCAGUUCAGGAUGAGAAGUCACUUUUUCAGUGUGGUUGUUGUGUGAGAAUGAGUUGAUGAUAUGAUUUGUCAUCUAUGGAGAUUGUUUAACGUGGCAACAGCUGUCUCUCCUCCACAUCCAGGUACUAAGACAUGACGGUUUCCUCUCCAGCACUGUGACCAUCUGGUUUGUGAUUCAUGCUGUUCAACUAACCACAGUCUAAAAAUAUUCUACAAACACAAAAGAACCAUUUUUUCAUUUGGCUAAACAAGAUUUUGUUAUUGUUAUUUGAAAUCUACGAGGUUUGGACAUGUAGCCUUCUCCCUCGUUCGCUGAUGUAUUGUUUACAACUUAUGACUUAUCUUUCUUUUACUUGUAUUUACAGAGCUUUGUUUGCAUCAGAAUGUACCCUGUUCUCUUUUCUUUGUUCCAAUUGUAAUUAAAAUAGAAAUGUAGAUUGAAAAAACUAGGUUCAAAUGAAAUGAAAUGAUCCUCAUGAGAGCAGGUCUCUCUAGAAAUUGUUCAGUUUAAGCUAAAAAAUUCACUUUCUCUGAACUUCCACUCAUAAUGUCAAUGUUCACUUCUAUUUCAAUGCACGGCCACUUGUUCUGAUGCUUGUUAAAUUGCAUUGUUCAUGUUUUGUCAUUUUAUUUUCGUAUUGAAUAAGCUACAUGUACAGCUACCCUCUGCUCUUCAGGUUAUCUUUUUGUCCUCUUUUUCUUUUCAUAUCCCUAAAGUGUCAGAAUAUUAUUAAGCACUCAAUUGAUUUGUUUGUAAAUCUCUACAUUACUUUUUUCUUUGUUACUCAGUAUAAAGUUAAAGCUUCCAUGUCACAGAAGUGAGCGUACGCUACUCUAUGUUUUCGUAGCACACAUUCAAUAAAAAAAACAUCUGACUGA